AUGGAGGAUUUGGAUAUAGUUUUGAGAAACUACAGGACUUCAACAAGUGAUGAAUUCGAUAUCAAGGAUCUCGAAAGUGAAUUAGAGAGAAUGAAAGAACUAAUUACUGAUCUGGAGUCUUAUGAUCGUGAUGUGAUCGGUAAGUCAGUUAUGUCACAUCAUGAUGCAGUUAAAAAUACUGUUCAUCAAAUUGUUGACAAGUUUCCAAGCUUUCAAAAAACGAAAGCGUAUAAUCAGUUGUUAAUUACCAGAUCUGAUAAAAAUUGGAUUCGAAGAAUUGUGCGAGAGAGGAGUACAGAGAACAAGGAUAAAAGUCGACCCAGACGAAGGGAAAUUGCUGCUGCUGAUAAUGAUGCUGAAAUAUGUCUCAACAAUUGGCUUCAAAAACUUAUGAUUGACAUAAACAAGAAGCUUGAAUCGAACCAUCUGUGUAUAACUAUGUUACAUGUGCGUGGGAGGGUGCGGGAUUUAAUGGAGCUCUUAGAAUAUGCAAUUACGGAUAUCAGAAAUAUGAUGUGGGCCGAGGAAAAUCAGCGUGAAAGGGAUCGUUGGAUCAGAAAGUGGGAGGAGGAGAAGGAGGAGGCUAAGAGAUUGAUAAAGGAGAGCCUGCAGUGUCUGUGCAAUGUGAUGAAAGACGUGCUAGGUGAUAGAGUUGGGAACGUUGUUGUCUCCGGCUGUUUCGAAUAUUCCUCCCCUUGUUCCUCUUCUUGUCUACUGAAGGACUCAGGCAUUGGUGGGAAGACAUUAGAGAUCAACCCUCAUGACCAUGUCAUUAAGGACCUCAAGAAGAGGUCUGAUGCUGACAAGAAUGACUUUCAUGUCAGGAAUGCAACUCUUCUGUUGUUUAACUAUGCUGAAUUGCAUUACAAGACGAUGCGGGAGCAGCAAACUGCAAAAGUUUAG